UGCAGGGCCCCGGGGUCGCGUAGGCUUCAGGCCCCGCCUCAUGUGAAGUCCCGGGCAGGUGGGCGGGACGGCCGCGGUCCUUAGGGCGGGCAUGGGGCUGGCGGACUUAUUCGUGCUGGGACGCAGAGCUUGCUCGGUACUCGCCAGUGCGGCCGCUACUGAGUCCGCGGCGGCGGCAGCAAGACAGCGGCUGGAAGGAGGAGGGUGGGCGCGUGGAGGGGUCCGCAGUUUCAGCAGCACCGCCGCAGCCAUGGCCCCAAUCAAGGUGGGAGAUGCUCUCCCCUCUGUGGAGGUGUUUGAAGGGGAGCCUGGGAACAAGGUGAACCUGGCGGAGCUGUUCAAGGGCAAGAAGGGUAUAUUGUUCGGAGUCCCUGGGGCAUUUACCCCUGGCUGUUCUAAGACGCACCUGCCUGGCUUUGUGGAGCAGGCUGGGGCGCUAAAGGCCAAGGGGGUGCAGGUGGUGGCAUGUCUGAGUGUGAACGAUGUCUUUGUGACUGGAGAGUGGGGACGAGCCCACAAGGCAGAAGGCAAGGUUCGGCUCCUGGCUGACCCCACUGGGGCCUUUGGGAAGGAGACAGAUUUAUUACUAGAUGAUUCCUUGGUGCCCCUUUUUGGGAAUCACCGGCUCAAGAGGUUCUCCAUGGUGAUAGAGGAUGGCAGGGUGAAGGCCCUUAACGUGGAACCGGACGGCACAGGCCUCACCUGCAGCCUGGCCCCCAACAUCCUCUCGCAGCUUUGAGGCGCUGACAUGGACACGCUCCCUCUGCCCUCUCCUGUCGCCUGCGCUUGAACACUUCAGGCUCAGGGCUGGGGUUGUGGCUCAGAGGUGGGGCACUCGCCUAGCUCAUGUGAGGUACUGGGUUUGAUCCUCAGCACCGCAGAAAAAUAAAAUAAAGGUAUUGAGUCCAUCUACAACUUAAA